UGACGCACGAUAAUAUUUAUUCACAAGGAACCCGGCUGUCAACGUCUGACUGACUCAUUUCAUCUUCUGUUUUGGGAUUACCACGCGGCGAGUAACUGUUUAGUAUAGCUAGUUUCUUUAUUUUCAUAUUUGUAAGUAUUAUUAAAAUGGUUCAUUUUAUGAAUCCUGGCGUACUUAAGGGACUAGUGCGGACCAACAUGGUUCGUUCUCAUAGUACUGGCCAUCUGUAUCGAAUCGCGUGUUGUUUCAGCACCUUGUGUCAAGAAGUGAGACCUAAUGCGUGUAGGUUUCUGUGUUGCAAGCCUUCUGGACACCCACGAUCACAGCUGCUGCUGUGCACAUCUGUCGGCGGCAGCGGAAGGGCGCUGGUGAAGCUAGUCCGAAAGCUGAGCACAACGACUGAUCAAGUCUCACAGGAACCGGGUGGCGGUGUUAGCACCGAGACUAACCCUCGCUCUUCUGCCCCUGAAACGGGGACUGAAAAAGAAAAAAGAAGAAACAAGGGCCUCUUGCCUAGUUUGGAAGAUCUUCUGUUUUAUACCAUUGCUGAUGGACAAGAAAAAAUACCUGUACAUAAAUUUAUUACUGCAUUAAAGUCUACAGGAUUGCGCACCUCAGACCCUAGGCUGAAGGAAUGCAUGGAUAUGUUGAAAAUUACACUUCAGUCAACUGCAGAUGGAGUCAUGCUGGACAAAGCACUCUUUAAAAAAUGUGUACAGAGCAACAUAGUGCUACUCACUCAGGCUUUCAGAAGAAAAUUUGUCAUUCCUGAUUUCUUGUCAUUUAAUUCACAUCUUGAUGAAAUGUAUGAAAGUGCCAAAAUCCUGUCAGGAGGGAAGGUAGCAGAUUACAUACCUCAGCUGGCCAAGUUUAGUCCAGAUUUAUGGGGAGUCUCUGUUUGCACAGUGGAUGGACAAAGGCAUUCUGUAGGAGAUACAAAAGUUCCAUUUUGUCUCCAAUCCUGUGUGAAACCUCUGAAAUAUGCCAUUUCUGUGAAUGACCUUGGAACGGAGUAUGUGCAUAACUAUGUUGGAAAAGAGCCUAGUGGACUAAGAUUCAAUAAAUUAUUCCUGAAUGACGAAGAUAAGCCUCACAAUCCUAUGGUGAAUGCAGGGGCUAUUGUGGUUACUUCACUUAUUAAGCAAGGAGCUGGCACAGCUGAGAAAUUUGACUAUGUGAUGCAGUUCAUGAAUAAGUUGGCUGGGAAUGAAUAUAUUGGUUUCAACAAUGCUACGUUCCAGUCUGAGAGAGAAUCUGGUGAUAGAAACUUUGCAAUAGGAUACUACUUAAAAGAAAAAAAGUGUUUCCCGGAGGGCACAGAUAUGGUGGCUGUACUAGACUUUUAUUUCCAGCUGUGUUCUAUUGAGGUGACCUGUGAAUCAGCAAGUGUUAUGGCGGCAACGCUGGCCAAUGGAGGCUUCUGUCCCAUCACAGGAGAGAGAGUGCUGAGUCCAGAAGCUGUAAGAAACACACUGAGCUUGAUGCACUCUUGUGGCAUGUAUGAUUUCUCUGGGCAGUUUGCAUUUCAUGUUGGUCUACCAGCAAAAUCCGGAGUUUCUGGUGGUAUCCUUCUUGUUGUUCCAAAUGUAAUGGGUAUGAUGUGCUGGUCUCCACCAUUGGACAAGCUUGGGAACAGUGUACGAGGUAUUCAGUUCUGUCAGGAUUUGGUGUCCUUGUUCAACUUCCAUAAUUAUGACAAUUUGCGGCACUUUACAAAGAAGCUUGAUCCUAGGAGGGAAGGCGGUGAGCAAAGGGUGAAAUCUGUAAUAAAUCUCCUAUUCGCUGCAUUCACUGGAGAUGUAUCUGCACUUAGAAGGUUUGCUUUAUCAUCCAUGGAUAUGGAACAGAGAGAUUAUGACUCCCGAACUGCCUUACAUGUUGCUGCAGCAGAAGGGCAUGUAGAGGUGGUUCGUUUUUUGCUGGAAGCCUGCAAAGUGAAUCCUAACCCUAAAGACAGAUGGGGUAACACACCUAUGGAUGAGGCUAUUCAUUUUGGACAUCAUGAUGUCGUAAAGAUCGCCCUAUAGCAAUCCUUCCUCCCCUCUACAAAGUACUUGAAAAAUGUGUACAUCAGCAACUCCUAGCCUUUCUACUUGAUAACCAAUUACUUUCUCUUACCUAAUGUGGCUUUCAUCCCCACUACAGCACCACAAUUGCCUUCCUACAUUUCCUGGACACCAUUAAUCAAAGUUAAAACUCAGGUAAUUUUGUCUUCACCAUUUCCUGGACUUGUCAAAAGCAUUCAACAUAGUCUCACAUCAGCUACUACUCCAAAGACUGAAUCUUAUAGGCCUCACAACUCUCUCAACUAGCUGGUUCACCAGCUACCUAAACAGUCGCACCUAGUCUUUAAAAUGGGGUGACUCCCACUCCACUUUCCUUCUACUUAAUACAGGAGUCCCCCAGGGAUCAAUACUUAGGCCAAUACUUUUCAAUAUCUUCAUUAAUGGCAUGCACAAGGAAUCAAGUCUCACCUCCAUAAUACAAUAUGCUGAUGACUCAGCUUUAGUUUGCUCAGCCCCAAAUCUUCCCACCUUAGAAACCAUCACACAGGAAACUGUCUCCUCUAUAGAAAACUGGCUUAAUAAAUCUAUGUUAUCCUUAAACCCCAGUAAAAACAAACUAAGCAUAUUUCUUCCCAAAAACUUAAAUCAAAACAGCACUGACCUUAAUAUUAUCUCCUCAAUCAACAAAAACAUUGAAAACUUCACCAACACAAAAUUACUAGGAGUUAUCAUUGAUAACAAGUUAAAAUUUGGUAUGCAGAUUGACACUGCAGUCAAAAAGACAUACUACAAACUAGGCUGUUUACAGAGCAAAGCACCUGCUAUGUGAAAAAAAAUAGCCGCCACCUCACUUCUCUUUCCUACCUUCCAGUUUGCCUCAACAGUAUUCACAAAUCCGAACUCUUCCACCAGACACAAGCUAGAAAGCACCUAAAACAAAAUUAGCAAAUUCACCUGCAGCCUCCCAAACCACUCCCGCCACUGCAUGGUGCUCAAUACCUUCAAAUGGCUUGAACUUCCUCUAUAUAUUACCCUCUGCCAGCUACUCACAGCACACAAAAUGCUUCACCAUCCACUUAAAACACCCUCAAUGGAAUAAUACAAAAAAAAACUGUUUUCAUUCAUUAAACAUAAAUCUACUGCGUAAAAAAGCAGAUUUAACUAUUAGUAUGCAUUUUAAUAAUAUUUACACAGACUGUUCAAACAUUCAGGCACCAAUGCAGAAGCAAUCUGCCCAUCCUGCUCAUUGCAAAACUGUGUUGCUCUUCAGUAAUUUUUACAGUAUUCAAGUACUGAUAUGUACCUGGCUGUGUGUACAUUGUAUACUGAUGCUCCAAAACUAGUAGCAGCCAAAACUUAAAUGUAAUAUUCUGAAAUGGUGUAACAAGCUCAAAUUUUAUGCUGCUAAUUUAAGCAGGAAGGGACCUUAAGAAAGUUUUUUUUUCCUGUGGAAUAGCUACUAACUAUUCACAUUCUUUACAUGCAUCUGAUCAGUUACUAAUGUUUCUGACUGCAAGUAAGUUAACAUUUGUAGGUGUCAUAAAUUCUGUUCUGAAUUUGGGUGUUAUAUCUUAUGAGAAAAUAAGUGGCAGUGGGAGUGUUAAAUGGAUGUUACCUUCUGUUGUUUAUAGGAGUUGAUUGCUGCCCACUUGUAUAUUCAGAGCAUUGCACACAUUUCAUAUUCAUCUCAGCAAACUUAUUACUGGUUUAGUUAACCAAUUAUACUGUGAUAAAAUGUAUCAGUGCUAAAGAAGUUAUAUUUAGAACAGGUAAUUAUAAAACUGGCAGUUACUGUGGAAAUCUUGGAGUCAGAAUACAUUCUAAAAAUAGAUCUUCCAAUUAUUUACACAAAUUAAAUUAAAAUUGUGUUAUACUGUUCGCAUGCAAGUAGCAUGCAUUUUAUAUCUGCAUGUAAUAUAUGGCAGAAUUAUUUUCUGAUGUGGUAGCAAUUAUAAUUACAUGGAAUAAUAAUGUCAGCAGUCAACAUAGAUGGCACCAUAAUGAACAGCAGUUUUUUGCUGUCAGCUCCUGUGUCCCGUGCUUUAGGCUGAUACUAAUUUGGUUGAAAAGGGCUUUUCUAUUGUCACUUUGUUUAAUUAUAUUAAAAUGAUAUCAAAGGCAUGCACUAUUGCUAUAUCUCAUGUCCCACUCCAGAACAUAUUUCAUUAGCACUAGGAAAUCUUGUUCUUCCUACAGUUUCAUUAAUUUGAUACUUACAGUUCUUUUACUUCAUGAAAGCAUAACACCUAUUAGUAUUUUGUUUUAAAUGCCCUGCCAUGAACAGCAUUCAUUAUGUAGAGAUGUAUAAUGUAGGAUCUUUUAGCAUUAGUUAGUUGUACCUGUACAUAUUGUCUAAUCUGUGCAAAUCAUGCUGCUGUAUUUUUGUGAUGUUUGUAGAAUUUAUGUUGUGGGCACCAAGUGGUUCACUAUUUUUACAGUUACUGUAGAGAGCAGCAUUCAUUGUCUACAUUUGUUAUUUUAAUUCAUAGUAUUCUUGCAAUACUAACCUGCAGAUGUAUUUUAAGCAGGACUGUAGCAGUGCUGGAUUUUAUGCCCUAGGUGAAUUAGCUACUAUAAACAAGUAUCAUUGAUACAAAACAUAUGCUUGGUCACUAGUGAUAUUUCCAACAAUGGCUAUUUCCACAUUCUCCCUGGCUAAACACCUGUUAAAAAUUCAAAAAUAAGCUGCAGAAAUUUAUUUAGAUAGUCUGUUUAACUUUUUCCAAAUAAAAACUGCUAACAGUAGCCAUUA